CUAAGGUGACAUCGACUCACAAACGGUGGAAUGGAAAAGAAAUGUGUUGCACUAGGAAAAAUAUUGACGACUUUGGAAUAGCAGAUCAUUCCGUAUGCAAAAGCAUCAGUGUCAAAUAUCCGCCGUCGAAUAUUUCAAUGGUCGUCAAAACUAUACAACAAAAAUACAACGAAAGCAUCUGUUACAUCAACAUUUCUUGUGAAACGAAUGAAUCAAAUCCACCUUGCGUCAUUGAAUGGUCAAGCAACAUUGAUGAUUUAAGACAUAUUGGUAUUAACAAUAGGACUUAUGGUAAACAUGGGGGUCACAGUUUUGUUUCCAAUGCGAUUUACAUAGUGACUCACGGCAUGGCUGGGGGAACCAUUACAUGUUCCACAAGAUGCGAUCAUUUCUCAUCCGAAUUAACUAAAAACUAUACUGUAUUCUUUUCGGGUAGUCAAUCCAAUGAAAAGGACAUUCAGACAUCGUUUUCAACAUUUCGAUUCCCAGUCAACAAUGUACUUAUUGGGGCAGCCGUUUUCUGUGGACUCUGCAUCUUGUUUGCAAUCGGAAGAUUUAUAAUUCUUAAAGGACGAAAGGACAACGCCGUCAACACAAUAGAAAUUGUUGAACAUCACAGCGACACGGCGUCGGACAAUGGCGUGCUUCACAUAGAAACGGAAGGAGUCCAAUACGCAGUCGUGCCGAGGCAGGCGUCUACACAAAGGAUUGAAACGCAGGUCAAUGCUAUAUAUUCCAACAACCACGUGAUGACAACGGCCUAGCGUACGCCGAGGUGGACAUCACGUUCCUACAGGAAGCUAACGCCCGGCAAGGAGAACAAAUACGCCGACGGAGUAUGCUGAAAUUGAGUUCUACUCCACACAGGAACCUGCUUUAGAAGAUCAUGUGUCCCACAAUGCAUCAUCGUUGAGCUAGAUCAAAGACCAGAAAUAAAACAAAAAACAAGCAAACUGCCCCAUUGUAUUGUUUCUUUACCGUAUUCCCCAUGACUGUGUUUGAUAUGUGAACGUUUUCUUUUGUAUUCUAUAUUGAAAUAAAUAGGGUUUAUAGUUUUAAACCCAUCACAAUAAAAUCAAAACCACUAAUAGGAAUUUAUAAAUGUAUUAUUUCCUGAAUGUUAUUAUUGACUGAUGAAAUGCUUUUACUUUCUCAUAUAUUUGUAGUAUUAAGUCAUUUCAAUUGUCUACACCUUAGACGCUUUUGCUGUACUUGUUGUUUGUUUGUUUUUAUUUUUUUUACUAAACACAGUGUGCUUCAGUUUCCCGGUUUGUCUCUAUAAAUGUAAACUAUGUACGUGAAGUAAGCGGCAGGCCUUGCGGAAUAAAAUUUUGAAGUACUACAGCAGUAGCAUUUGUCUUAUUUAUUAAGGAGAUUUUAACAUAUUUAUCUGGAUAAACAGGUAGUUCGAUAGGCCAAACUGAACGCCAUACAUGAAGAAAUGUAAUGAUCUAAUAGACGUGUAAAUGGUUUUAACAGGCAUUCAGAAACAUGCAUUUUGAGUGCGAUAUUCUCAAAGCACAUAUACACGCAUGAUAUCAUGUUUAUGACGGGAAAGA